GUGACCAAGGCUAGCGAGUUUGCUCAAAAUGGAGUUGUCGGAAUCAGUGAUGAAAGGGCUUCAAAUCCUAGCCGAUUCAAACGUGAUCGACCUGAAGUCGUAUGCGAUAUUCACAGAGGUCGCCUUCAACAGUCUGGUCUCGCCUCGAAGCGAAAGCGCUCUGGGUCAUCCAGAAUUGAAACACAUCGAUCAGUCAACUCUGAACCACUGUCACACCGCGGCAACAACGUUCAUUCUUGAGGGAGUUAAGCAAAAUGCGGAUAAAUCGACAAUUAGCUCAUGUCUUGAAGACCUGGGGUUUCAGACUGAAAGAGUGGACAUAUUUUAUACUUCAUUCCAAAAAAACAAACAAAAUGUGGAGUCUUUGUUGUCAAGCAUUGACAUAUGCCCUCCCCAUAUAACUGAUGCUGCAUGGCGUCUUGAAUAUUGUAUAAAGAAUAGUCAUGUACAUAAAGUCAAUCAGCCGUCAUACCUGAUUUCCUUAAACACUGAGAGCGGUGGCUGUUCGUCGAAAAUUAAGUUUAACUGCACAAUGGAGCAACUUCAGGAUUUGGUUGGAAAAAUGAAGGACGCCGCAAAAAGUGUCGAGAGAGCAACACAGUCAUGAUUCCUGGAGGUUGUCUAACCAAACGCAUCUUUCCGGUUUCUUUUUGUUCUGUUGUUCUUGCAUAUCGAUUAAUAUUAUCUGGUGCUGUGGUUGUUUGUUUGUGGUUGUUUUUCCAAAAUGUCAUUUUCAUAAAAUCCACAAUAAAUCACUUUUAAGCAA